UAGUUUUACUGAACCACCAUAACGGAAACCGUUCCCACCGGUUGCUGUUGCUGCGGAAGUCCCAAAUACUCUGUGUGGCCACAUCGAACAACCCGCCAUGGCUGGGAGUUACACGCAGUCUGGCACCGGGAGGACGUUCGCUCUGCGGAUGAUCCUACUGGGCGAGGCUGGGGCCGGGAAAACGUGUCUCUACCACUGGAUAAAGUACAAGGUGUUUCGAGAUGGCACCAUUAACACCGGUCCAGCACCAUCUUCCACUAGUACUUCAAGACAGAGGCAGUACGACCAGCAUACUAUGCAUAUAAGCAUCUCACCCAGUGUCAAAGUCAUGUUGACAGUAGUUGACACUGCAGACGGAGAAAGGUUUCAGUCUCUCACGGCUCACUACUAUCGUCGCACCAACAUAGUCCUCCUGGUGUGCAGUCUGGACGACGAAGUCACACUCACUAGACUCACAAAGUGGUACCGCGACUCUAUGUACUAUGUCGAUGAGCACGACAUCGUCUACGCCGUGUGCGGUCUAAAGUGCGACCUUCCCGAUUACAGAAAGGAAGUCACUCUCGAAAUGAUGCAGAGGUUUGCAAGACACGUCGAGUUCCCAGAGGGAUGUGUGUUUGAGGUGUCGGCCAAGACUGGAGAAGGAGUGGACAAUAUGCUUGCCACUCUGUGCUCAACUGCUGUCGACAGGAUCAGAAGAAACACACCAAUCCCUGAGCCUGCUGGCCUCCAGAACAGUGGAGAAUAUUCCACGCUACUUUUUGGUGACUCUCGCUACAAUGACGGAAGACCGGAACAUGAAGUUCAAUCACAGCGUAGAUGUUGCAAGUGUGUAAUUCUUUGAGUGUGCUCUUCUCCGUAUUUUUAACCCUCUUUCGAAGCAUAUCAUAGCUGCGCA